UCGACGCCAAUGAACGUUUUCGUCCUUGUCACCCUCCUUGCCGUGGCGGCGGCAUGCGCCAUGCCAGCUGCUGCCCGCCUGCCUGGUGCAAGCUACACGUGGGAUGAGAAGACUGCUUACACCAUGCUGGAGUACGCGUCUGCGUCGUACUGUGACGAGAAGGACCUCCUCGAUUGGUCGUGCAAUGUGUGCGUGGGUAACACCACGGGCUUUGUGCUCACCGGGUACUGGACGGAUCCGGUGACCAAGACCGAGUCGUUCUCGGGCUACCAUGCAGAGAGCAAGGCGAUCAUCCUUGCCCACGAGGGGAGCCACAACACGGAGAACUGGAUCACCAAUCUCAAGUUCAAGAAGGCCGAUCUCGUCGACUACCCCAACGCCACCGGGGCCAAGGUCCACCGCGGCUUCCAGGAGGCAUGGGAGGGCGUCGGGCAGGAGGUCUCGGACCACGUCGCCGACCUUGUCGAGCGCUUCCCCGAGUACCGCGUGUACGCGACCGGUCACUCGCUCGGUGGCGCGCUCGCCGUCCUCUCUUCGCUGUACGUGACGGUCAAGAAGCCGCACGUCCCGGUCCACGUCUACACCUUUGGCGCGCCGCGCGUCGGCAACGACGCUUUCCAGCUCUACUUCCAGUCGCAGAUCGAGAACGCGGUCCGUGUCGUCCACUCGACCGAUAUCGUCCCGCAUCUGCCGUUCCGCUUCCUCGGCUACCACCACGCUCCGCUCGAGGUGUGGGAGCACAACGGCGGGUACAAGGUCUGCAACGGUUCCGGCGAGGACCCCAAGUGCUCCGACUCGGUCGUCGUUCCCACGGCCUCGGCUCACGCCGUUUACAUGGGCAUCAAGGUCAACGGCUGCCAUGCCCGCUCGUAGUCCGUCUACCCUAUUGAACCGUUUUCUUUACUCCACA